GUGGGGGGGGGGGGGGGGGGUCUCAAAUUCAAUGUCAUUGGGUCAUCACGAAUCAGAUUCAUGAAAUUGAUGCCAGAGAGCUAGGCUGAUCAGAACUGGCUUCUGCCCUCUGAGAAUCUGUCAGUGACCUACCAGGUCACAUAAAGCCCAUAGACAGGAUGGAAGACAGAAGGAGAGACAGACUGUGGACUGCGAGGACAUCUAAACAGGGAGAGGUCGUUCACAACCAAAGGCAGCAGGGAGGGCUUCCUGAAGGUGGUGGCAUUUGGCCUAUGGCAUAACGGAUUAGUGGGCAGUUUUUUUCCUAUACAGCAUUUUGUCCUUUCAGCCAGAGCCCAUUUUUAGAGACUGUCUAGAUUCUUAGGGGAGCAGACCCCCUCAGAGGAGAGAAAGCAAUUGGACAUCUGGCAGAGGCUGACUUAUAGACCCCUCUUUGUAGCACUCACCAAGGGGCCCUCCCCCAGCAGACAUCAAUGCUUCAAUUCAGGGAACGCUGAACGAUGCCUGCUGUAGCCCAGACCCUCGGUUGGGCGUGGGGGGCCCAGAUGUAUCCUGCUCAGCUUCUGCCCUCGGGGAACUCUCAGAGAAGAAGAGCUUCAUGUGGAAACAAAGCCAGAUAAACAGUGGCCAGGGCCAUAGGGCUGGGGCAGCCAGCCUCCCUGGGGUCAGAGGCAGGGCACAAAUCCCCCAUACUCAGAGACGUGAGAGGAAAGAGCAGGGUGUGUGCCAUCAUCACUGUGGGCAUCUGCCUGGUGGUGGUAUCCUGCCCCACGUGACAGAAUCACCCACAGGGCUCCUGUCUGAACCCAGCCCCCUGACACAAGCUGGGUCCACACUGAGAAUAUAGCCUCUCCCCUCCCCCUCUGCAAACAUUUAAUGAGCACCUGUCACAUGUCGGGCACUGGGUCAGGGUCUGUGGGUCAUUCCUACAUGAUUUAAGGCACAUGGUGGCCUUUGAAGUCAGAUAGACAGACCUGAGUUUGACUCUCACCACCAUUAACUUGGGCAAGUGACUUGACUGCUUUCUGCACCUCAGUUUUCUCCCUUACAAGAUGGGGAUGCGAAUGCCUACCUUACAGGGUGAGGCUUUGAUGAGGUAAUGUACCUAAAACACACAGUUCCCUGUUUUGGCACAAGGUGACUUCCAAUUAAUGCUACUCUCUCUGGGGUCACCAUUCCGUUGGAAGAUGCCAUGAGGCAGCAUGGUCCAAUGAAAAGACUGGAAGUCUGAGGGCUGGACUUUCUGUGCAUGGUUCUUAAUGCUUUGUGUCUCUGUCACUCCAUCUAUCAAAUGAUGAUUUUCCCUAAAUGCGAAAUGGUCCCAAUUAUACUUAACUCACAGAACUAUUGUGCAAUAAAUGAGACAAGUGAAUGUGGAAGUGCUGUCUAGAACAAGAAGUACUGGCUAUGAGAUAUACGUGAUGGGACAAUGAAUAUAGGGGGUGCACUGAGAAGAGCACUGGAUUAAAAGCCAGCAGACUUGGCUCCAGUUCUGGAAUUUCCUCUAAUUUGCUGUGUGGCCUGGAGCAGCUCCCUUCCCCUCUCUGAGUUUCCCCAUUUUACAAGUGGGCUCAGUGCUCUCUGAGAGCCCUUCACUGGAGACAUUGUGAUCCUGCUUUUGGUUGAUGCAAAACGGGUGGGGUCACCUGCCAGGGCUCCACGGGGGGAGUUUCCAAAGGGGAACUGAGGGUGAGCACUGAGGGUGGUAGCACUGGCAGCCAGACCAGCUAGAAAUUUGCCCCCACCCCCACCCAAGGGACCACCCCAGAAUUCUGGCUAGGGACCACUCGAAGCCCGUGCAGCAGAUCUUAGCAGUCGACAUAUCUUCUCUGGAUCCGUGAAAAUCUGCCUUAUUUUCAGACUCUCAGACAAGAAGCUCCCACACCUCCUCCCAGUGUCAGGGCCAGAUCACAGCCUGGAAGCAAGCUCUGUCUGAGCUCUUGGGAGUUUUAAGGAUAAGAGGACUGGAGGGCUAUUCAGACAGACAGGAAAUAGGAAUUAGGAGGGAAAACAAUACUGAAUUUGGAGCCAGAAGACAUGGAUUCCCAUGCGGGCUUUGCUCCUUAGCAGCUGUGUAGGCUGGGCAAGCUGCCUUAGGUCCCCGAGGCUCAGCAUCCUCAUCUGUAAAAUGGGGCUUUUGUUAGGCUCAAAGGAGGAAACAUAUGUAGGGAUGCCAAGACAGCUGUGAAAUGAGGCUUGCCCGUGAGAUAUGGGAGUCGGGGGAGAGGGAUAAUAGUGCUCAGAAUGAGGGACCAGGAGAGUGGAAAAGGGAUGGCAGAGCUGCCGUGUCCUGAAAGGGGUGCGUCAGCCUCUGACAGAUGGUCCCUAAGGAAGGAUCAGGCUGAAAGGCAGUGACGUGUGCAGUGCUAACCCAAUACCCCUAGAUACGUCUUAUCCAGCCCUAGUCAGGGGGGAAAGGGGACAGGCGGACAGAGGCCGUGUUUCUUAGUUUACCUUUGCUCUUGAGGCUUGUCCUGAGUGAAGCUUUGUAAACAAGUUGCCCUACAGAUCUCAGGAUCUGGCUGUCUGAACUCUGGACCUAACUUGCUGGGCUGUCCCUCCCAGGACCCUUCACAGGCCUCUUACCAACCCUUCUUGUCCAGAUGUUUGGAUGGCGAUAUUCUUUUCCAGAUGUAGCUGGACAAAGCCAGGGGCAUAGCAGUGGGAUUUGACAAAUGUUGAUCUGCUCUCUCCUGCAAGCUUCUCUCUUUGAACAGUUGAUGAAAAUGAUACAGCCUGGGAUGCCAAGAGGGUAGUCGUGUGGGCUGGGACCCGCCUGGUGAGCCACAUAUGCUCGCUCCCCUUCUACAAGGGCCUAGGACAUGGAUUUUUUGGUGCCACCUCUCUGUUCCCCAAUGAUAGCAAAGAUGAGGGCUGGAGGAGGAGCUGAGCCAUGAGCUGUACUGUGUUCCAAGCACAUGCUGUGUACUGGGGCUGCAAUAGUGAAUGAGACAGACAUGGCUCAUGGCCUCAUGGAGCUUAUGGACUUGUUGGAAAGAGAGACAUUAAUCAAAUAAUCAUACAAAUAUAAAACAACAAAUGGGCAUAAGCGCUAUGAAUGCGGACUGCUAGGAGAGUGUAGAUCAGGGAACAUGUAGUGUGAGGGGGGAUGUCAGAAAAGCCUCCCCCAGGAAGGUAACAUUUGAGUUGGGACCUGAAGAGCGGUAGAAGUGACUAGGCAAAGGGGCUGGGCCUUGGGGGUGGGGAGAUUGGUGACCAGAGAAUUCUAGGCUAGAGGAACAGUAUGUGCAAUCCUAGGAAAGAGUUCAUGCAUUCGCAGGCCGGAGCACACAGAGUGAAAGAGAGCUGAGUCUAGGAGAUGACAGGGGCCAGCUGGGCCACCGGAAAGAUGGUGGCCUUGAUCCUAAAAGCAUUGAGAAGCCCUUGACUGAGUUUUAAGAGAGUGACAAGAGCAGAGUUGCAUUUAAAUGAUCACUCUGCCUGCUUGUAGGAGCCAGAUGGCCAGGCCGCUGUCCACCCCCAGCCCUUCGCAGAUGCAAGCCAGGAAGAAACGCAGAGGGAUCAUAGAGAAACGGCGCCGAGACCGCAUCAACAGCAGCCUGUCUGAAUUGCGGCGCUUGGUCCCCACUGCCUUUGAGAAGCAGGGCUCCUCCAAGCUGGAGAAAGCCGAGGUCCUGCAGAUGACGGUAGAUCACUUGAAAAUGCUCCACGCCACUGGUGGGACAGGAUUCUUUGAUGCCCGAGCCCUGGCCAUUGACUUCCGGAGCAUCGGUUUUCGGGAAUGCCUCACCGAGGUCAUCAGGUACCUGGGGGUCCUAGAAGGGCCCAGCAGCCGUGCAGACCCUGUGCGGAUCCGCCUUCUCUCCCACCUCAACAGCUAUGCAGCUGAGAUGGAGCCUUCACCCACGCCCGCUGGCCCCCUGGCCUUCCCUGCCUGGCCCUGGUCCUUCUUCCAUAGCUGUCCAGGGCUGUCAGCACCCAGCCACCAGCUCGCCAUCCUGGGAAGAGUGCCCGGCCCCGUCCUCCCCAGCGCCUCCUCACUCGCUUACCCCAUCCCAGCCCUGCGAACCGCUCCCUUGCGCAGAGCCACUGGUACCAUCCUGCCACCCCGGAGGAGUUUGCCACCCAGUCGAGGAACAUCUACUACCCGGAGGGCCCGCCCCCUGGAGAGGCCAGCUGCCCCUCUGCCCAUGGCCCCCAGCAGCAGGGCUGCCAGGAGCAGCCACAUGGCACCCCUCCUUCCAUCUUCUUCUCCGACUCCCCCUGGCAUUGUGGGGUCCCCUGCUUAUGCGGCUGUUCCUGUGCCCAGGCCCCCUUCCCUGGGGCCAGCUGGGAGAGCAGCAGGAGCUGUGCUCUGCCAGUCCUGGGUCUCUGAAAUCACUGAAGUUGGGGCUUUCUGAGCUGGCUUUCCCCCUGGCAGUGAGGAGAGUUCUUGUUUCAGGAGCUCAAAAAAUGAUGCCGCCUUUUCUGCUCUGCUUCCUGGACUGGCUCGUGUAUUGAAGGCGUGUUCUUUACCCAUCAAAGGUCCCUCCUCCUUUGGCCCAUCUCCCCUCCUCACUGCUCAUCCCAGCUUGUCCAGCCAGCGCUCCUUGAGCUGUUCUGAUCUCAGAGGCUUGGUCUCCUUUCUCACCUGGACAGAUGAGUCCCAGGAGAGCCCCGAAGAGCUGUGCCCAGACCCCUCUCCUGCCCCAGCACACAGGGGGCAGUAGGCGUGAGUCUCAGGUCUGGGAACAAAUCUUCAACCUAACGGGCACAAUGGCCUAAGGCAGGCUGCUUCCCUCGAGAGACCAGACCCCAGCCAGGAGCAAUGAGAGACUGGCUGCAGCCUUCCCAGGGCCACAGGGCUGGAACAUUGUGUCUGCCUCACUUCCUGAGACAGUAACUGAGCAAGGGCCACAAAUAGGUCUCUUGGGAACCCUGUCUGCCCCUGCCCACCUGUCUUCAGCCCACCCCAUCGCAGAAAACCACAGGACGGGCCUGCCGUCCACCACAUCCCAGGCCUGAGGAUUGGGGGCCCAGCAGGGCCUGCUCCUGCCCUCUUCUCAGCUGCAGACACCACCUCCAGCUGACCAGCUGUUCCCUGCACACGGCUGGGAGGUUUCCGGGCAGCAGUAAGGCUCUGCGACAGGGUGUCCUCACCACCGGCCUCAGACAGCGCCCCCAGACCGGAGCCAGGAUUGACCAACUGAGAACCCAGCUCCCUGCCUCUCUCACCGUCACCAUCCUCCAGGCACGUGGUCCCCACUGGGUGCACAGUGUGGAGGACCAUGUUCCCACGUGAUGGCGCCCAGAGAGGAAUCCUCUUGGGAUUCAGCACCAGACGUUUGUGCCGCCUGGUUUGCAUCCGGCUCACAGAGCCAGACUGUUGGGACAGCCAAGGGCUGUCAGGCUGGACAAAAAUAACUGCAAGGAGGGGUGAGAGGAAGGACAGUCAGAGGCGGCUCGGCCCUUCAAGGUCACACAGUGGGUCUAGGGCCUGAGAUUCUCUUCACCCAGGAUCCCACACAGCUGGCUCUGCUCAGAGGCCGUUUCACUCCCCACCUCCAGCCCGGACCGCUUCUCUAACAGAGGGAACAAGUGGCCCAGCGACCAUUCCCAAUGGAACAGCAGAGACUGGACCAAACAGGGGCAGACCCAGGACUGACAUCCAGCUGGCCCAGCAUUGCCAGACCUGUUGUUAACAUGUAGAAAUACUUCUGCGCUCGUUCACAAAUACCUGCUGUCCCUGAGUGUCUCCGAGAGUCCCCCACCACAUGGCUUUUCCCUCAGGACCCUGUGCUGGUUAAUGCCUGGCAGACCCAAGGCCAUGGGGUCCUCUGGGCACUGGUGCUUAUUCCGCACCAGUUAUUAAAUACUUCCAGUGUCACCCCUGGGAAGAUUCUCCCACCCCCACUCGUUGAUGGAACUACCCUCCCCAGAGACUAAUUCGAGGAGACUCCAUGGGCUUAAAAGUGGAGUUUGCAAAGGCCCCGGGGAAAAAGGGCCCUUUCAGAGAAGUAGGUAAGAGGGCAGAGAUCAUUUUAAUGACCCAGAAAGCUCUUUUGAAAAGGCAAAUUCCUCAAGGGGGCAUAAAAAGCUAGAGUCAUUCUUUCAUUCCUGUGUGAGUUAGUCCUGUCAGAUUGCUGUCCUCCUGGGCCCAUCUGAGCUGGACGGUGCUGAGGGGAGAGGGCCUCAUUUCAGGGAGUGCUCCUGAGGGGGAUGGAGACGGUGGGACGGAGAGAAGGAGGGCUGGGCGGUCAGCAGGCUCCUAGGAGUUGGGAGAGGGGGACAGAGGGAGGUGGCAGAAGGCAAAGACCAACUUCACCUCACAAAGGACUGGGAGAAGAACUGCUCCUCCUCCUCCCCCCCCCCCCCCCCCUCCCCCCCCCUCCCCCCUGCCUCUCCCUCCUCCUUCCCCUCUCUGCCUCCUUUCCCUCUCCCCCCCUUAUUCCUUCCCCCUCUCCCCCCUCCUCCUCUCCCUGACCACCCCAGGUGGUGGCCCACUGCUCCCAGGGUACCAGGUCAGUCCUGCAGUCCUGCACUUUGGCGACUUCCUAGCCCGAGAAUCCAACGUUUACUCAUAGUGGGGCUGUGGGAAACAUAUUUCCACAUUCCAAGUACCCAACUCCAAAAGAAUUGGUUGACACCAUUGAACGAGGUGGAAAUGGCCCAGAACUUUCAGCAUCUUAGUUGAUCUUGGGUUCAUUCUCUCUGAGAGAUUGUUGGGGGAAAGGUGACUGUGUGUUUGUUUCCAUGGUUGAGGACUUGUAUCUUUGUUUAUAUUCCCAAGCCUUUCUGGUGCCCCGGACUCCCUACCCCAUUGCUGGAGUUGUUGCAGACAUCCAAUAAAACUUUUUUUAGUUCUUCUGGAAA